AUGAACGAAUCACUAGCACUAACUCCUGCGCCAUGGCCAGCAGUUUGUUACCGAGCUUUCUUCAACAUAUCUUCAUACGGAAUUUUGGAGAAUUAUGAAACUCCGAGUGUCAUCUUUGGAUACGGAUUGCCUCUUCUUGAAUUGCAAAUCAUCAUCAUAUUCGUAUUAAUCGUCUUAUCUCAUACGUUCCUUAGAUUUAUUGGCGUACCACAGUUUGUUUCUUACAUGAUCACGGGAUUGCUUCUGGGACGCCACAUAUUUGAUCUUCAGGAUUUUUCUUCGUACCGUUUAUCAUCAGACGUGGAGUUAGAUGGCAACAUAGCAUUAGAAGGUGUGUCCAAGCUCGGUUUAAUAAUGUUCACGUUCUUGAUGGGCGUGAAGACCAACAAAAGAGCCGUGUUUCAUAUCGGUAGAGGCACGGUUGCGAUCGCAGUCUUAUCCUUUGUGGUGACUAUGACCGCCGGAUUAGCCUUUAGAAAUUUUCGUAUAGACAAGGCCGACCCUCUCUAUAUGCCUCUCAAACUGGCCCCAACAGAACGCACCGUGAUUGUAUCAGUUCAAGCGUUAACGUUGUUACCGGUAAUAACGCACCUCGUAUAUGAGCUUAAGAUUCCAAACUCGGAGCUCGGCCGCCUAGCCAUAUCUAUUGCCACCGUUAAUGAUCUCCUAGGAUUUAUCACUCUACAAUGCGUUUCCUACGUAGCAUCAUACAGGUAUGUAUCGCCCAGAGUAGCCAACCGUGAUGCAGUGGCAAUGACCAUCUUAAUCCUUGUGAUCCUAUUCAUCAUCAAGCCUACGGCUCAAUGGAUAGUCGACACAAGUCCAGAAGGCAAACCCGUACGGGAACUCUACGUAUAUGGAACAAUUAUGACCGCAAUAGCAGCGAGUAUUUACACAACUUAUUUCCACCAAAUCAACGUUUUAGGAGCUAUAUUGGUCGGGAUGGCCAUCCCAGAUGGUCCACCUCUUGGGUCUGCGUUAGAGGCCAAGUUCGAGGGUUUAGUUGCAAACAUAUUUUUCCCGAUUUCAAUCGUGGUAAUGACCAUGAAAGCUGACAUUUCAAGGGUCUUUUUCGCGUUCGAUGAUAUAAGCAUUAACAUAUUUCUGGUGGGUUUCACAUUGGUCAUCAAAUGGAUUGCUACUUUUGGGUCUUGCUUGAUCUUCAAGUUACCUACUAAAGAAUCUAUUAUCCUCGCCAUUAUGAUGAACUAUAAAGGUUUUGUCGACUUAUGCUUCUUCGAAGGAGCUGCUAAUCAUUGGAAUUUGUCACAAGCCACACAUACGUUCAUGAUAAUAUACGUCCUUGUGAUCGCGGGAGUGUUACCUACUAUAGUGAAAACACUAUACGAUCCAAAGAGAAAAUAUAUAGGAUACGUCAGGAGAGACCUCAUGCAUCUGAAACCAAACUCAGAUCUCAAGAUCCUAACAUGUUUGCACAAACCGGACAACAUCUCAGGCGUGCUAUCGUUAUUACAACUGCUCUCUUUCCCUCCUAACCAAGAUAAUAAUAAAGACAGAGGAAUCAUUGCUGUCACAGCAUUACACCUCGUGAAACUCGCGGGACGUUCGUUUCCCAUCUUGAUACCACACGACAAGCGGACCGAACCGCAGUUACUUCAAAACUCUUACAUACAAACAAUGAUGCUCGUGUUCUCCGAGUUUCAACAAGAGAAUUGGGCAUCUACGACUGUUAGUUUCUUCACAGCUUACUCUCACGAGGAUCUAAUGGAUCAUGACAUUUGCAACCUCGCUUUAGACCACCACACGUCGAUGAUCAUCGUCCCUUCUGGACGUAAAUGGUCACCUAAUGGAUUAUAUGAAUCUGACGAUAGUGUGAUCAGAAGUGUGAACGCAUCACUCCUCGACCGUGCUCCCUGUUCUAUAGGUGUACUCAAUGACCGAAGCUACCGUAAGAAAAGGAGUAACGGUACCGUUAAAGUCGGUGUUAUCUUCAUUGGUGGUAAAGAUGAUCGAGAGGCCAUCUCGCUAGCUAAAUGGAUGAGACAGAACCCUAGAGUGCGUCUCUCGGUGAUCCGGUUUUUGUCUGGUCAAGAACGAGACAAGUCCAAGAACUGGGAUUACCUUGUUGAUAAUGAGGUCUUGAAUGAUUUGAAAGCAACAUAUGCCUCCGCUAAGAAUUUCUCCUAUGCGGAGAAGUUAGUCAACGGUGGUCCGGCGGUGGGCACCGCCGUAAGAUUGGCGGCGGAAGAGUAUGACUUGAUGAUUGUAGGGAGAAGUCACGACGAUGAUUUACUGGAUGUCACGGGUUUACCCGAAUGGAUGGAGCUUCCGGAGUUAGGAGUCAUUGGAGAUUUGCUUGCAUGUAAAGAUCUAAAAACUAGGGUUUCUGUUUUAGUAGUUCAACAACAGCAACAUCAUGAAUGA